AUGUCGACCGAGCCAAGGUUUUUGAUUCGUCUACACCGGACGGUAGCACUAGCUAUCGUUGCGUUUCUUGUUUGCUCCGAGACAGUCACAUUGGCAGCUUUAAACAUGGAAUUUCAAGGUCAUCAACACUUGAGAAAGGCUAUCAGUGCUGGUUUGCAGUCUUUCACAUUGAGGUUUGAUGGCAGUGGUAAAGUGCAAGACCCAAUAUCACAUUUCGCGAAAAAAUUUGAUCAGUUCAAGCUUCAAACAAAUGAAAAUCUGUUUCAUAGCGGGUCAUUCAAAAAAUGGUUUCGGUCGAUUUACGAUUUCUUCACCAGUCAAAAAAGUUCCAACAAGGUCGGCGAAACCCCGCUCGACAAAGCAUAUGAUGUUCUCUUUGCUAUUCUGUCAAAUAGGCUACAGCUGACCGAUCUCGUUAACCAGAUCAAGAAAGCUCCCAAAAAAAGUAUGGUAGUGGACAGCCAGACCCGUAGAAUAAUUGAUAAGUGGCUCAGUGAAGCCGGGAUACUCAAAGAUAUCCCAGAGUCGCAGAAAACUACAGUAAACUCAAAUGAAGUCCAUGAUGUCGCGAAGAAGUAUGAAGACGCAGUGAAUGAUUUGCGUAGAUCUGGAAGCCCUGCAGCAGAUCGAAUGGGCCAACUCACGUGUGUCUGA